GCGAAACCGAGAGCGACGAGUGAUGGGACGGAUGAUCAUAAGCGAGAAUAAAGGGACAGCCUCUGUGCCAUCGACCAGGACGUGACGGCCAUCUGUGGAGACACCGACCGAGAGUAUCUAACUAUGAUUCGCUUAGGCACCGUCCACAAUGAGACUUGUGAUCUUGUUGAACUAGAAACUACGCCUUCAAGAAUCAAGGGGAGCACGUCAGAGUCAAGGCAGGAACUACCCAGGGAUGUUGAUGGCGACUUUGAGCUCGCCUGCGGGGGACCGGACACCCCAUACCCGCCUUUCCAUUCACUAGCUUGCCAGCCCACACCGCAUACUAGGUGUAUGGGACCCGCGGUUCCUUUCGGCAUGGGUCCGACGAGCCGCCUUUGUACCCGUUCAGCUGGUACGCUUAGUCCGGAGAUCGUUCUAUAUGCUGUGGCGCUCAUGCUCGAGGCGUCUAGUUGCAAGUGGGAACACGUCAAAAGCUGGAGCACGUACUUGUUUAGUAGCAAUACAGAUGAAUUCCAUGACAAACGGGAAGUGGGGAACAUGAUUCGGAACGAGAACGAACAACUCAUUGGUACCGGUGGUUACGUGAUAGGUGAUAAGGACAAGAAACACCAACUUGCCCGCCGUCUCAUUCUCUCCAAUCUAGCUGCGGACGCAGAUGAGGAAUCCAUCGUGGUUUUCCUUGCCAAGUACCGAUCAAAUAUUCGCAGGGUUACCCUUCUUUCGGAACGCGAUCCGGUCAAGGGAACGAGGACUGCACAUGUCGACAUGGACUCGAGGAGAGCUGCAGUGUAUGCCUCGUUCCAACAUGGACACAUUUUUGGCCUAGUGGUUAAGAUUAAGCUGGCAGUGGAAUAAGGAGGUGAG